ACCCUCCGUCCCCGCUUUGCCGCGUCAUCCUGAGGGGCCGGUUUGAAUGAGACCCCGGAGGAGGGAAAGGAAGCGAAGCAAAGCGCCGCCUCAGGGCCUCAGCCGGUCUCCUCCCUCUCUCGCUCUUUCCCUGCCUUCUUUCCCAGCCGCCCUCCGGCCCGCGCCAUGCCGCUUUUCACAGUUAAUGUAAAAUGGGGUAAAGAGAAAUUCGAUGGAGUGGAGCUGAAUACGGAUGAGCCUCCAAUGGUAUUCAAAGCUCAGCUUUUUGCUUUGACUGGAGUUCAGCCUGACAGACAGAAAGUAAUGGUGAAAGGUGGAACUGUAAAGGAUGAUGACUGGGGAAACAUCAAAAUUAAAAAUGGGAUGACCUUAUUAAUGAUGGGUUCCGCUGAAGCGCUUCCUGAAGAACCAGUAGCCAGGCCUGUUUUUGUUGAAGAUAUGACAGAGGAACAGUUGGCUUCAGCUAUGGAGUUACCGUGUGGCUUAACAAAUCUUGGGAAUACUUGUUAUAUGAAUGCUACAGUUCAGUGUAUUCGUUCUGUGCCAGAACUGAAAGAAGCCCUUAAGAGGUAUGCUGGUGCCUUAAGAGCUUCAGGGGAAAUGGCCUCUGCUCAGUAUAUUACUGCAGCUCUUAGAGAUUUAUUUGAUUCCAUGGAUAAAACCUCCUCUAGUAUCCCUCCCAUCAUUCUCCUCCAGUUUUUACAUAUGGCCUUUCCUCAGUUUGCGGAGAAAGGCGAUCAAGGCCAGUAUCUUCAACAGGAUGCCAAUGAAUGUUGGGUACAGAUGAUGCGAGUACUGCAGCAGAAGUUAGAAGGGAUAGAAGGUGAUACAGUUAUGGAAACCGACCCUGGAGCUUCAGGAGCAGCUGCUGCACCUCCUAAAAAGAAGAGCUUAAUUGAUCAAUUUUUCAGUAUUGAAUUUGAAACUACCAUGAAAUGUACAGAAGCAGAAGAAGAGGAAGUCACAAAAGGAAGAGAGAAUCAACUCCAACUUAGUUGCUUUAUCAAUCAAGAAGUUAAAUAUCUUUUCACGGGUCUUAAACUGCGCCUUCAAGAAGAAAUCACCAAACUGUCUCCAACCUUGCAAAGAAAUGCGCUUUACAUAAAAUCUUCCAAAAUAAGUCGCCUGCCUGCUUACCUGACUAUUCAGAUGGUUCGUUUCUUUUACAAAGAGAAAGAAUCUGUGAAUGCCAAAGUUCUCAAGGAUGUUAAAUUUCCUCUUAUGUUGGAUGUAUAUGAAUUAUGUACACCAGAACUCCAAGAGAGCAUGGUUCCCUACCGAUCAAAAUUCAAGGACUUGGAAGACAAGAAAGUAAAUCAACAAACAAAGAAUUCUAGUAAAGGUGAUGGUGCACAGAAAGAAGUUAAAUAUGAGGCAUUUUCCUUUCCUGAUGAUAUUGGCUCCAAUAACUGUGGCUAUUACGAACUGCAGGCCGUGUUAACACAUCAAGGAAGAUCUAGUUCUUCUGGACACUAUGUAUCCUGGGUUAAAAGAAAAGAAGACGAAUGGAUUAAAUUUGAUGAUGACAAAGUCAGCACUGUUACACCGGAAGACAUCUUGAGGCUAUCUGGGGGUGGAGACUGGCAUAUAGCUUACGUCCUUCUUUAUGGGCCACGCAGAAUUGAAGUUAUGGAAGAGGAAGCUGAACAAUAGACUCUGUUUCUAUUUAGGUGUGAAAUAAAUUUCUUAACGCCAGAGCUUCACAGAUGCUGGGAAAUCGGUUCAUGCAAACUGUCACUUGGAGCAACAAGGAAGCCAGACAUGAUUGAAAAACAUCUGCACUAAAGCCACUAUUACACUAUGCAGCCACUCAUUAGUGGUAGCAGGUUGAUGUAUUUCGAAUUAAUCUUAAUUGUUGUGUUGCAAAAGUCCAUUUUAAAUGCCAUCUAACCAUUGGUAAAAUGAGAUUCCUCUUCUCUUAAUAUUGACCGCAAGACAUUUAUUACACACCUACUUGUGCAUCAUCAUCUGUUGUUAACUCUUGCAUGGUUUCUACCAGUUCAGUAGCUGUCCAUUCUUUCUAUUGUGUCUGAUAGCUUUGUCAGAAAGAUGACAAAUCGUUGCCUCAACAUGUAACUCAGUGCUGCUGCCCCAUAGUCUAUGGAAAAAUGGCUGCAAUCACGUAUUUUGUCCAGCCUGACGUGCCAACUCAGUCGGUUCUGUUGCUGGCAUUUCAUGACUUUAAAUAAAUGGUGAUCGAUGAUGACCGUGCUUCUUACAUAA